AUGGCAGAGCCCAUCUCCAUCCUCAUCGUAGGCGCCGGUCUGGCCGGUCUCGCAACCGGCAUCUCACUGGCUCUGGAGACGCAAGACCGCCCGGUCGAUCACAGGCCCAAGAUCACGAUUCUGGAAGCCUUGCCUUCACUCGCUCCCGUGGGGGCCGGGCUACAGCUCACGCCAAAUGCUACUCGACUCCUGGCACGCUGGGGGCUUCUCCAGAAGAUCGAAGCGGUGUGCGCUGAACCAAGACGGCUGGUGGUUCAUCGGUAUGCGGACGGCGAGGUGUUGGCGUGUGAUGAGCGGUUCAGCGAGAGGGUGAGGGGGCGGUAUGAUGGGAAUCCUUUCAUUGACGUACAUCGCGGGGAUUUGCAGGGACUAUUGUACGAACGAGCAAAAGGUCUUGGUGUGGGUGUCGAAUGGGCAGAACGAGUCAAGGAGAUGGACUUUGAUCGCACCGAAGCGUCUGGUGUCAGGGUACUGGCGGAAAGCGGUAGAGUGUUCGAAGCGGACCUACUGGUCGGCGCUGAUGGCAUAUGGUCCAGGUGCCGCGAGGCCCUUCUGAUGCAGAGCGACCCGCCCUUGCCCACUGGGGACUUAGCCUACAGAAUCGUACUAACAACAGACGCACUGGGAGAAGAUGAGGAACUCCGACGAUGGGUGCAGAGGCCGGAAUGCCACUUCUGGAUCGGCCCCAACAGCCACGUCGUCGGCUACUCGGUCAGAGGAGGUGACAUGUUCAAUCUUGUGCUGCUCUGUCCAGAUGACCUGCCAUCUGACGUUGCACGGCAACGCGGAGAGACCAGCGAGAUGAAGAAGCUCUUCGAAGGAUGGGACCCGAUACUGUCACGGUUUCUCGACAAGGUAACCAAGGUCGACAAAUGGAAACUGAUGCACCGACCUGCAAUGGAGCGGUGGGUGAGUGAAGGCGGGACCCUAGCUCUCAUAGGCGAUUCCUGCCAUCCCAUGUUACCCUACCUAGCCCAAGGCGCAAACAGUGCCAUGGAAGACGGAGCGGUCUUGGGCUGGUGUGUCGGCCAGGUGAAGUCAAAGGUCGACCUGAGAAGAGCAGUGUCUCUAUAUGAGCGGGUACGGAAGGAACGUGGUGAGAGGGUGGCACAGGAGACAUUCCUACAACGGCAUCAAUUCCACAUGCCGGACGGACCAGAGCAAGAGGAACGUGAUCGGAUCUUUGCUUCACAGCUAGACAAAGACGAUAUCGACGACACCAUCCAGUUUCCCAGCCGCUGGACGUGUGGAAUAGCUCAGCGGUGGCUAUAUGGGUACGAUGCGUACGCUGCUGCAAAGGAAGCCUCUCAAGCGGCGUAG